GUAGCGUCUUGUGGCGCGGAGUGGGUAGUUUGACUCUCCGUGGGCCUGCCUCUCUCUCUCUCUGCCGUGUUUGGGGGGCCGGGUCAUGAGACUUCGGGGUUGGGUCUUCAGUAAAGUCGCAGCUGGAUUUCUUUCCUCCCCUUCGUCGUGGAAACAGAAGCACGUGUGUGCGCUCGGAGUGUUAGCUGUUAGCGCUAGCAUGGCAGAGGAGGCGAAGAAACUAGCCGCGUACGCAGCCGUGGACAACCACGUCCAGAAUAACCAGGUGGUGGGAGUGGGCAGUGGGUCGACCAUCGUCUACGCUGUGGACAGAUUAGCGGACAGAGUUCGUCAGGAGAAGCUGAACAUCGUGUGUGUUCCCACCUCCUUCCAGGCUCGUCAGCUGAUCCUGCAGCACGGCCUCACUCUGUCGGAUCUGGACAGGCACCCCGAGCUGGACGUGGCGAUCGAUGGAGCCGAUGAAGUGGACGCCGAUCUCACGCUGAUCAAAGGUGGAGGAGGAUGUCUGACUCAGGAGAAGAUCGUCGCCGGCUGUGCCAAACAUUUCGUCGUCAUCGCUGAUUUCAGGAAAGACUCCAAAGCUCUGGGUCAACAGUGGAAGAAGGGGGUUCCCAUCGAGGUCAUCCCGAUGGCAUACGUCCCCAUCUCUAGGACGAUAGCCAGACGUUUUGGUGGCGAGGCCAACUUACGGAUGGCGGUCAGUAAAGCGGGUCCUGUGGUCACCGACAACAGCAACUUCAUCUUAGACUGGAAGUUUGAGCACGCUCAGAACUGGAAGGAGGUCAACACUGCGAUCAAGAUGAUUCCAGGUGUGGUGGAGACGGGGCUCUUCGUCGGGAUGGCGGAGCGGGCGUACUUCGGGAUGGAGGACGGCAGCGUGCAGGUCCGGGACGCUCCAGUCAACUGAUUGGAAGUUGUCCCUUGUCUUGACUGACCUCUCGUCUCCCACAAGUGCCCUAUCGUUGAUUUUCUGCCGGUCACAGACUGUGUUCGGACAGAUCCUUGCCCUCUUGCAGAACCGGACAAAAAA